AUGCGAGAACCUAAAGCUAAUAAAGAUGUUAUUGUUUCUGACUUGAUCAGUGGUAUUGUGGUGACAGAACGUGGAGGAAGUCAUCACUUCUCCUACACAGGACCUACAUCAGGAUCACGACUAUCACCACUAGGAAUCUGCGUUGACGCACUGUCACACAUCCUGGUGUCUGAUACUAAAAGCAAAACAGUUCAAAUAAUUGACAAAGACGGUCGGUCACUUCUUAUCACUCUUCCAAAAAUAAACAAGAAAAAUGUAUUAGGAAGUCUGGCUUAUGACAACAAAAAUCACCUUCUCUUGGUUGGAAUAAGAGAUUAUAACAAAAGAGUGGAUGUAUAUAGAUACAUAAAGAGAAAGGACUAUCUCACAGUCAAACAACAUGACUAA